AGCAGCUUUAUCUUUAAGAACCAUCUGUAUCAAAUACAUCGUUUUAACGCACAUAAGGAACACUCGUGUCAUCUAUAUUCUUAUCAAUGCGACCCAAAUACAUAUUUCAGUCUAAAAUGCAUUCGAGGAUUCUUGUAGUAUGGAUUUUACUACAAUCUGCUUUGUUUAUUUCAACUUCUGGAUUCCUGUUAACCAGUCCCUAUGAUCUCUGCGCUUACCUGACCGGAAUAACUUGCCCUCGAUAUAUCGGUGGAACUCUUUGUGCCAGCAACCAAGUAACAUACUCCAACGAAUGUGAGUUUUCUAAAGCAAUAUGCUCUGAUCGAACCAUAACAUUGGUCCAUUUCGGCCCAUGCGACCAUGAACGUAUUGACCAGGACCUUAUCCUCAACGUGACAUGUACCGAUAUAUUGGGCAUGAAUUGUACGACAUACAAGGGAGGUAACGAAAUAUGUGCUUCGGAUGGUCAAAAUUAUCUGAACGAUUGUCACUUCGAAAAAGCACGUUGUUUCUACCGCGACCUUUACCUUCGUCAUUAUGGAGCAUGCAUCCACUGAACAUGAUUUAUAUACUUUAAAUAAACACACACGUUCGCUAAAAUA